UCUCCAACUAAGUGGACAAGGACCUGAGUGAGGCCAUAGCCGGGGAGUACGUUGGUAGUUAGGAGAACAUGGAGGAUCGCCAGGACAGAGGACGGCGUCUUCUUCGAGGUUCUCUGCCACCCCACCGAGUACGCCAUCGCGUUUCAGCUCUCUGAAGUCUGAUCUAAACUAGUACAUCCUCUCUCACAGUUGAUGCGCCUGCAUCACGAUCAUCUCUCGAAGUUGUAUACAGUAACCCCACAGCAAGUGGUGCUGCAACGAUGGCAAUGGCAAUCCCCAUCCACCAGUUGUUCCCAUCACAAGGCUCCGAAGCAAUCUCUUGCAUGUACGACGUGGUGUUUUUUCAUGGACUGCAAAUUAAAGGAGGAGGCAGAGCUUGGGAGAGCACCUUGGUCUCUCCCUAGGCGGGUACCGAUGGACAAGAUGUGGGUUGGCCUCGUGUAUGAAGCAUUAUGGAGUAGGGAAGCGUAAGUUUGUGCUGGUUGGACACAGCCUCGGUGGCCUCGUCAUCAAGAACCUUGUAUCAAAGAUUCAUCGGCUGUCAAACAUGAGUGGUGAAAGUGCUUUGGACAGAGAUCUGCGAACAACAUGCAGGAACAGAUGCUACGAAAUUAGUCAGCUUUCUGAAACUAGUUCUGUCCAAAAUCAUAAACGAUUUUAAGCCGUUCCAAAAGAGAAAGGAGAAAUUAUCUGUGAAGUCCGUAGAUGCUUUUGGAGACAAGAGGAUGAAUAUAAUGGCCUUUACCGAGGGGAAGCCUUUGUACGGAGAAGUUAGACUUCAAAGCUAUGCGCUCAACUUCAGGGAUUUAGUGGGGUAGAAUAUCAGCAUGCUGUAUGUAAGGAGUGCAUUUGAACUUUUUGAAAUAAGCAAUGUAUGGCCAAGGCUUUGACGUGUUGUGGAAGUGGAUUUGGUGCAGAUAAUAGUGCUGGAAGCAUCAGCAAUACGUUUAUGUGGUAACCAUCACCAUCCACUGCCAGACCGCAACCACGUAGAAGUUUGUAAACCACCUUCCAAGGAGCACGCUAGCUACUUUCAUCUGAAGGACUUGAGAUUGUAUUACCAGUUGAAUCUUCAAUUGCUGACAGAACUGCACGCGCCGCAAAGGCUCGUGCCGCUGUGACUCAGAGCCCAGAAACUCCAGCGUGUUCGAACAUCUCAUCCUCGAGCAACUCCUGUAGGCGGUGCUUAUGAUGGAAUAUCUUGUUCUCCUUGUUCUUACAGAAUAACUGUAAUGCAGGUGUGAUCUCAUUGGAGGUAACGAAGCAGUAUGUAGUGUAAAGUUUAAGGUUGAUGGCUCAGUGAAACUGGUUGGUGGAAACUUUCAAGUAAACUGCAAUUGUUUUCCUGAUUGGACAUUCGGCAACUAAAAAUGAAAUAAUGAAAAGAUGAUUCUAAACAUUCAUCUGAAUCGUCUGCAGUAAGAAUUUUUA